AUGGGCGAUCACCGGAAACAGAGUGGUUGCCCGCCAGGGUAUCGAAAACCUAUGCGUCGGGUUAAUGAAACACAUCUUCAAGAGCCCAUUUCGAGCACUGGUUCAAAUUGGUUGUCUGGCGAAGAAAAAUCUCGUCUGGAGGCCGUGCAGAGGGAUUGGAGAUCUUCACGACCAAAAUUUUUUUAUAAAGCCAUUGUUGAAGUGAAAUACGGAAUGAGAUUUUUAUCAUGUAGCGUGUUUCAAAAUUUGUUUGGGAAUAGGCGUAGAAAGUGCGUUUGGCGUAUUAGUUACAAGCAGUGGGGUAAUAGGUAUCGUCUGCAAUCGGAAAAACAAGCACACGCUGCCAGCUCAACUCCGCCAGCUGAUGAUAAACAGCUUUUAAAUCAAGAGACGAUCUUCGAUAGGCAGAGGGCUUUGUUUGCUUGGCUCAGGAAGCUACAUGUUGAGCGGAAAGAAUAUCAGGGCAGGAAAUAUUGUCCUGCGUUAAAUGAGUGGGUCACUAAGGAGCUAGUUGUUCACGAAUUAGGAGGAACUGCUUAA